AUGGCUGCAAUACAGCAUAUUCUCGCUGCGAACCAACAGCGUCGCCGUGCGCGAAGCCAGACGGUUUAUAUAAACGCUUAUGUGCGUCAGCACUUCUCCCCACUCGACGUGCUGUCGGACCGGGCUGUCCAGUCCAAGUACCGGCUUCCUCGUGAGGAGAUCCACCGCCUCGUCACGCUCGUGUCACCACACAUCCAGAGGGUGGUGGGGGACGGCAGCGGCCUCAGCAAGGCAUCGGUUUCACGGAGUGUGGCAGCCGUGACACCGAUCCUCCUGCGCCAUGCCCGGAGACACAUCAGGAUGCCCACCACGCGGAACGAGGUCCACCGUGGAUUUCACGCCAUGGCUGGGAUCCCCCGGGUGAUUGGUGUCGUGGAUGGCACAUUGAUCCCAAUCCACAAUCCCUCCCUGAUGGAUCCGUGCUGGAUUGGGAGGAAACAUUACGCUGCCAUCAACACUCAGGUGGUGGUGGACCACGAUGGCCUCAUCACCGACAUCGUUGCCAGAUGGCCAGGAGGCACACACGACAGCUUCGUGUGGGCCAACUCAGCUGUGGGGCAGAAGGCUGGCAGAGGAGAGUUCGGCAGGAGCAUCUUCCUCGGAGACAGUGGCUACCCUCUCCGGAGUUACCUCGUGACACCGGUAACCAACCCAGCAACACCACAGGAGGAGAGGUUCAAUGAGGCCCACACACACACCAGGACCCACAUUGAACGGGUGUUUGGCAGGUGGAAGUCCCGUUACCGAUGUGUCCACCGUUCGUCAGGGGGACUGCGCUUGUCACCUGUGAAAUGUUGCCGCGUGAUUGUUGUCACCGCCAUGCUGCACAACAUAGCAGUGCGCGUUGGAGCAGAUGAGCUGCCUCCUGUGGAUGACGAUGGGGAAACAUCGGAAGACGACGCCCUCAACCCCCGCGAAGCCCGAGCAAUACUCCACCAAGCUGGUGUCCAGACUAGAGAGGAGCUUGUGAAUCUCUUUUGA